CAAGAAGGGAGAACGAAUUCUUGAUCUCGAAUCUCAGGUCUCGAGUCCUGUUUAAUGGGAAAAAAGAAGAUGUGCUUAAUUCAUUCUCGUCAUUAGGCACUAAAUUACUGUGACACGAACGAGAAUAUCAGAUGUACCCUUUCACUCUCUAGUUUCAUGGGCUUGUAAUUUUUUUCUUUCACUUGUUUAGAAAUGAGUCAGAUCGUCGAGGAAGUUGCGGUAACCAUAGAGAGGAAGAUGCACAACUUGACUACCGGAUCCAUCGAGUGUUGCAUAUAUCGAGUGCCUGAGAAGUUGCGCAGAGCAAAUGCGGAGGCCUACACCCCUCAAGUUAUCUCCAUCGGGCCAUUCCACCGUGAAAAGACAGCAAUUCAGUUGAUGGCGACCAAACUGAGGUACUUGAAAGGCUUCCUCCACCGCAGCAAGGCUGACCUCCCAGCUUGUAUCAGAAUAAUCAGCGAAUUGGAAGACCGCAUUCGGCAAUGCUACCAAGAAAAUCUCACCCAAGCCAGCAAGGAGCUCGUGGAAAUGAUCUUAGUGGACGCAGUUUUUGUAGUUGAGCUAUUCAUAAGAAGCCGCUACCUCGAGCACCGAGACGAGGACGACGAAAUAUUCAACAAGCAGUGGAUAAGCAACGCCGUAUUCCACGACCUCCUGCUCCUGGAAAAUCAAGUCCCAUUCUUUGUCCUCGAGAUUCUCUAUAAUCUCACCGCAUUGAGUAACACUGUCACGUUCUUCAAGCUUAGCUACGAGUACUUCAAAGACGUCCUGCACGGGCAUGAGCUUGCAAGCACGAGCUUUCAGAUGAAGCACCUGGUGGAUUACGUGCGAGCCCUGCAACUGCCCUCGUUCCCACGGGGUGGGAGGUACAAACAUGGCAAGAAAUUCGAGCUGACUCGGAGUGCAAAGGAGCUGCAUGAGGCCGGUGCUGAGUUCAAACCAGGCAAGGAAAACUCCUCCCUGCCCGAUGUCCACUUCGAGGCUGAGACCCUCUGGAUGCGGCACGUGGUUGUGCACGAGUGGACCGAGGCGUGGUUUAGGAACAUGAUUGCGUACGAGCAGUGCCACCUCGUGCAAAAGUACAUCACCAGCUACGCCAUUCUCAUGGACAGCCUCAUCGACACGCCCGAAGACAUCGACAUUCUAGUCAGCUGCGGAAUUUUGGAAAAUCGGCUCGGUAGCAAGGAAGACGUGGCCAGUCUCUUCAACAGCUUGUACAAGGAGACCAUGAGGGACUCCAGCGAGUUCCUCUACUCAGACCUGUGUCAGAAACUGAAUGAGUACAGCAGGCACCCGUGGAACCAGUGGAAGGCCGCCCGGUACCGGUGGAAGGUCAUCCUCUACCGAGAGUACUUCAGCAACCCGUGGUCCGCGUUCUCCGUGGUUGCCGCUGCGGUGCUGCUCGUGCUCACCUUGUUGCAAACUGCGUGUUCCUUGAUGGAUGUUUACGCGGGCGACCCAGGGCGAUUGUUCCGUUGGCACAAGUAAUGCCCGUCGGAAUGAACCUCGCCCAACUUCUCUCCAUUUCGCUAAUUCUUUUCUAUUUUUUUUUUUCGUUUCCUCAUUGUUGU